CCAUCAAAACACAUUCACAUAUGAUUAGAAAAACAAAAUUGCAUUUCCUUUCCCAGCUACCUUCAUGGACGUUUCUACUUUUCAUCGCCUUCUCUCUCUUCCGCGGUUUCACCUAACUGGUUUAUGCCCCGCUCUCUCUAUAUAUAUAUAAAAAUAUGUACAGUCGUGUGUAUUCUUGUUCUCGAGUUUUUUAGGAAUACUGAAAAUUGGAGAUGGGUCUUGAUCUGAAAUCUGUGUCGGAGGCAACUUCAGGGGCCAUAGGAUCCCUCUUGAGCACCACCAUCUUGUACCCGCUUGAUACUUGUAAGACGAAGUACCAAGCCGAUGUUCGAGCCCAUGGCCAGCAAAAAUACAGGAACCUAUUCGAUGUCUUAAGAGAAGCAAUUUCUACCCAUCAGGUUCUUUCACUAUACCAGGGCCUGGGUACAAAAAACCUGCAAUCCUUCAUUGCACAGUUUGUCUACUUUUAUGGCUACAGCUACUUCAAAAGGCUAUAUUUGGAAAGAAGCGGUGCCAAAAGAAUAGGAACAAAAGCAAACUUAGUUAUUGCAGCUGCUGCUGGAGCUUGCACUGCCAUUGCGACACAGCCCCUGGAUACAGCUUCCUCUAGGAUGCAGACAAGUGCAUUUGGUAAAUCCAAAGGGCUUUGGAAGACCCUUACGGAGGGAACUUGGAGUGAUGCAUUUGAUGGCCUCGGCAUCUCGCUUCUGCUGACCUCAAACCCUGCAAUUCAGUAUACAGUAUUCGAUCAGUUGAAACAGAGACUCUUGAAGAGAAAACAGAAUGAAGCCGGGAAUAGUUUGUCCUCAGAAUCCCUUUCUGCCUUCUCAGCCUUUUUGUUAGGUGCAAUUUCAAAGAGUAUUGCAACAUUUCUUACAUAUCCUGCAAUUAGGUGCAAGGUCAUGAUUCAAGCUGUGGACUCAAAUGAUGAUGGAGCAAAGAAAGAUCGGCGAAAAUCCCACAAAACAGUGCCGGGUGUUCUCUAUGCUAUAUGGAGAAGUGAAGGAAUAGCAGGCUAUUUCAAGGGAUUGGAUGCUCAGAUCUUGAAGACUGUUCUCAGCUCAGCACUUCUUUUGAUGAUCAAGGAGAAAAUAUCUGCAACUACGUGGGUUCUUAUACUUGCAACCAGAAGGUAUCUAUUGCUCACAAGGGGUAGAUUAAAAAGUGCUUGAUGGUUAAUAUAGUGAUGGGAAUUUACAUAAAAUCCAUUGUGAAUACUCUGAGUUUCUAUUCAGUUUUGUUGGAACAGAUGUUCUUUAUAGAGGUGGGUUAAAUAUCCCAGGUAGAAACCUCUUGUUUUUCCCUUUUUGUUAGUGGAGGGUUCGUUGAAGUUAAUAGCAAUAAUUGCUAGGCAUGCACUAGACAUCAAACAUAUGACAAUCCUUUAUGGUACAAAUUUUAAUUGAGAGAAAUAAUGUUGUGCGGGAAUAUUUUUCUGCAUAAACUGAUUGUGAUUAUGAAUUUAAAUUAUAAUUACUGUCA